AUGAUCCGUGAAAUUAUCAAAGGAAAGCAUCACUAUACUACUAGUUAUAGAAAAGCACAAAAAGGUCGAAGAAAAGCAUUUCAAAUGGUUUAUGGUGAUUUUGAAAGUUCAUUUAAGGCAUUACCUCGAUCAUUGUUGGUUUCAAAAGUUGUAGGCCGGUCAUUUCUAUCGACGGCACACAUCUUUGUGGAGAAAAAGUUUGUGCAACGGAUGCAACAAAUCAAAACAUUGUCUCCUGCAGCAUAUGAAUGGUUAAAUGAAUUUCCUUUGAAAAAAUGGACAAUGUAUAAGGAUGGUGGUCGUAGAUGGGGUGCCAUGACGACAAAUGUGUCUGGGUCAUAUAAUGGUUUAUUGAAAAAAGCUCGGGGGCUUCAUGUGACUGCCAUGGUUCGAAUGACGUUCAAAGCUCUCGUUGAUCGUUUUGUCGAAAGAAACAAUCUUGCAAUUGCAUUACUUCAAAGUAAUAUGUCAUGGCCUCUUGCGAUAGAUAAAAAAUUUAAUGAUUAUUAUCAAAGAGCUCAAGGGCACACAGAUAUGAUGACUUACAACACAGGUGAUGGAGUUUUUGAAAUUCUUACUUUUGCUCAUGAUGGUAAAGGUGGAAAUGUCGACAAGGUUAGUGCAAAAGGUAAGAAAUGUUCUUGUGGAAAAUGGAGAAAUUAUCAUAUGCCUUGUUCGCAUGCCAUCAAAUUUUGUGGACUUCGCGGAAUCGAGUCAAAAUUUUAUGUAAGUAAAUUCUAUAGUACAAAAUAUUACAAACGAACAUACACUGAGACAUUUAACCCAGUGGGUGAUGAAAUGUAUUGGCCACCAGCUCCUUUUAAUUUAAUUGCAAAUACUGAAUAUUUGCAGACAAGUGGUACGCAAGUAAGAAGCCGACUUAAGAAUGAUAUGGAUAUAGCUCCGGCUCGCAUGACUAGAAAAUGUAGUGUUUGUAAGAAGACAAAUCACACAAAGACACGAUGUCCUACUCGAUUUUAA